AUGGCGGGCAAGCAGUUCUACAACCACGAGAUGUACGGCAGUCUGCGCAAGGGUGGUGCCGUCGACUUGUUGUCCAUGGAGUGUCUGGGCCUCAUGGCCGCCAUCUUCACGCCCAUGCUGUCGUACCAGGCGCUGGUCGUGCAGGCGCAGCUCAUGUACAACACGCAGCUGGGAUUGGUCUCGUCGCAGAUCGUGGCGGUGGAGCGCCUCAUCCAGAUGCCAGUGGCACCGAGUUUCCUCGUGGGGCUGCUCUUCGAUUGCUACCCGAUCAUGGGGCUCCGGCGCAAGGGCUACAUGAUCUUCGGCUGCAUCUUCAACGCCGUCGCGGUGUUCAGAAUCGCUGGUGUUAGUGCGUCUUUGGGUGCUGAUUCGACAAGUAACAGCAUGGUCAUCCUGGUGCUCGUGCUCGUGGCGCUGUACUCGCAGCGCGACCGCGGCGCCAUCCCGGCGUCGUACUUGAUUUUCCGCCGAUUCGUGUUCAUCUUCACGUCGGUGCUGUUGUUCCUGGCGCUGGCCACGGGCUCGGAGCCGUCACCAAGCAUCCGCGACUUACAGUACGAGAAGCUGGGGAGCGGCAUCUGCUAUGAGGUGGCGGACGAGCAGGUCAAGAAGGCCUAG